AUGUGUGUGAUGCAGUGCACAUGAAAGGUCUUCUUUAUUUUCCCUAGGUGGACGGGUUAGUUGGGUUCUGGUGUUGGAUACAUAAAUCCUCCAAAAGUAUCAAGAGUAAAAAUAAUCGUAAGAACAAAGUUGUUCACAUGGACACUGCUCGGAGAGGUAUUAAAACCCCCAUAGUGAGUGCUUGGAAGUUGAACUGCGUGCUUUUGUUUGAAUUGUUUGCCUUACCUUGCACAACAUGCCGUAGAUUUGCUCAGGAAGGGUGUAUUGCUAUGAAGUUCCUUCCUGUCACAGCAUUUUUUUUUCAGGUCAGGAAAUAGCGUACAUUUAAGGCUAGUUUUGCAUUUGCAAACGGGAUUGUGUCAAUUACAUAAUUUAGUUUUGAAGUAUGUGUGCGAAGGAUGAAAUCCUUUGUGCUUAACAACAAAGUUCACACGCUGAUAGUUGAUGCCAUACGCUUUACCUUCUCCAAAACAAAAACCUUUGUCAUAGGAUGUGGCAGUCAACUUCAUGCUGUUUCAAUCCUCAAUAUUUUGAUAUUCUUAAAUUGUGAUGUAUUAGAAUUGCCAAACAGGCUAAAUAAAUAGAUUCUGGUUCAUUGUUUGAUCAAAACGUUACAGAGUUCAGUUUUGGCUUUAUUUUAUGCAUUCGGUGUAUUCUGUAUUUUAGCGAGUGAUAUGUUAUUUAGAAUUGGACUCAAAGCACACCCUUUAACUGGUUUAGGUUAUAUUCUUGAGUACAUGUCUCCGUUAAUUGUUGAUGGCUCAUGUAACUCUAGCAACUACAUUUUUCCUGCUCUAAUUUUGUAAAUUUUGUAUAAACUAAAAACGAUAUAAAGCUGCAACGAUAACAAAAUGAUAAUAAAAUAGCAUAUAACCUCAGAAAACGUGCCAUUCGUGCUUUAAAUUGUGAGCAGGCCAUGAUUUUCCAUAACACGUUUUUUUUCUGUUUUUCGGUGCAAAAUCAUUACGUCACCACCAGCAAUGAAGUUACGUUUCAGCCGGUCAGCUGUUGCGUAACUAUGUGCCUUUUUGGGACCCAUAAAAAUAGUGUCAAGGGUCAAGACCCCUGUGAGUUGUAAGGAUGUUCCUGUCCAGAUUUAAAGUUUAACUGGGUAAAGUAUGCAUAAUGUGAAUUUAAAAAUAAGAUGGAGGAGGGUCAAGAAUUAUUCAUCUUAAUCAUUUUAAGGGUCAAGGUUAAUAAUAAACUACGUUAAAAUUAGUCUUCCAUUUGUCACGGGCCAAACAGUUAUAUAUAAAUAUACUAUUUAUUUUUAUUCAAGCUACACUGUUUAAAAAUAUGUCAGUAACAGUUCAACAAAGUUCUUUCUGGCACCCUCCUAACGUAUGCGUCUAACGGGGCUCGUGCACACAGUGAAAGAGUGUCGCGCGCAUAUCGCAGAGGGCACGCGCUAUAUUUGGAAUAACCUGCGCGCUCCUGCAUACCAGCUCUCGCGCUGUCGGCCCGUGUCCAACCUUCACGCCACUUUUAACCGGGCCCUUACAGCAACAUCCUAAAAUAAGUCUUCUCUUGGCCGCAGCUUGGUUCGGCCAUCGCGUCCUCUUGCGUUUAAACGGAGCGUCUUGUCUUUCAGCGCGCAUGCGCGGUGCCAGGAGACGCGAUCGAACGAACACAAAUGGACAGCACGUAGGAGCAUUGCCAUGAAAACCAUACAAUGAACAUCACAGAUCCUGACCCCAAUGCAGAAGCUUACAUGACCUUCAUGAAAAAACACUGUUGUUAUGAUGCUAUUCCCACCAGCUGCAAACUGGUCAUUUUUGACACCUCACUGCAGGUGAAGAAAGCCUUCUUUGCUUUAUUAGCGAACGGCCUGCGGGCUGCCCCGCUGUGGGACAACAAACUGCAGAGAUUUGUGGGUAUGCUGACAAUCACAGAUUUCAUCAACAUUCUCCAUCGGUAUUAUAGGUCGCCUAUGGUUCAAAUCUAUGAAUUGGAGGAGCACAAGAUUGAGACAUGGAGAGGUGAUUCAUUUCAAAAUGUUUACCUGCAAUAUCACGACCAAUGUCUCAUCAGUAUCUCACCUGAUGCAAGCCUCUUUGAUGCAGUCUACUCUUUACUGAAACACAAAAUCCACAGACUGCCCGUUAUUGACCCAGAUUCUGGAAACGUCCUUCACAUACUUACCCAUAAGAGAAUCCUCAAGUUCCUUUAUUUAUUUGGAGCGUCAAUACCAAAGCCACGCUUCCUACAUAUGAAAAUGAAAGAUGCGGGAAUAGGAACGUUCACAGAUAUAGCCACAGUCCCACAGACCGCCACUGUCUAUGAUGCUCUGUCCGUGUUUGUGGACCGACGAGUGUCUGCGCUCCCUGUGGUGGACGAGAAUGGUAGGGUGGUCGCUCUGUAUUCCAGAUUCGACGUGAUUAAUCUUGCAGCACAGAAAACGUACAAUAACCUGAGCAUGAGCAUGCAGGAGGCGGUGCGGAGGAGACAAUGUUUUGUUGAAGGAGUCAUUAAAUGUUAUCCUGACGAGACUCUGGAAACGGUUAUUGACAGAAUAGUUAAAGCAGAGGUCCAUAGGCUGGUGCUUGUGGACAGAAAUGACGUGGUCCGGGGAAUAAUCUCUCUCUCUGACCUGCUGCAGGCCAUAGUUUUAUCUCCAGCAGGUAUUGAUGCUCUGCUUUCAUAACCUGAGAGGAUAGAUUUCCUUCUCUUCCUUCAUAUAACCAACACUAGAAUCCAGGUAUUGAACGUGGAUGAAGUAUGACUGCGGCCAAGAAGGAAGAUGUAAUGAUCUGAAAUAUAUCCCUGCAAAAUAUUUACGUGACUGUUUUAUUUUGUACAUAAUUUUGUCUUUGUUGCGUUUUUUAUUAGGUUUGAGUUAAACAGUGAAUGCACUAUGUACAUUUUUUAUUUAUGAUAACAAUAAUUACACAGAAAACAACAGUAUGUAACAGUUGGGCUUUGGUUUUGAUCAAAUUGAUCUAAAUUGCCUUUGUGGUCUACUGGUAGAUUAUCAUGUGUUUUUGUAAUAAAUUAUUUCCUGUUUUCUUUUUUGCUUGUAUCCUUUACUGUUUCCUAUGAUGCAAUGCGUUCAACUUGACCUUACAUUUCCAGUGUGAUAAAUGAGGAAAUGGCAUAUAUAAAAUAAUGUUAAUACCUCCAUUUUUAACGGUCAUUGACUCAUUUAAAAGUAAGCAAACGAUUUUUCAACUCUAAAAGCAGAAUAAGUAUUCUUGU